CGAAAGCAUUCACCGAUUGGAAGGAAUGCGAAAGACCACGCCUUUCUUCGAAACCGAUAGACGAACGAGAUCGAUUCCUUGAGGAUGUAAGAUUGAGAUGGGACAAGAGUAGGUUGUCCCAUGAUAUAUCGCUUUCAUAAAUUUGAUUGUUUUAUGUCAUUCCGUGUCAUACUGAAAUCACAUCUGAAAAAGCUUUCGACAGAGAUACGUCGACGUACACUAAUACACGCAGCCACCAGACAAACCACUUCAUCGAUACCAUGGGCUCCGAUAGCAAAUGCCCCUUUGCACCCAAAAUGAACAAAGCUGCUUCGGCGAACAGCUAUUGGUGGCCUGAUAAUAUCAACCUGAAAAUACUAAAUCAGCAAGGGGCCAACAACCCCGACCCUUCCUUUAAUUACAAGGAAGCGUUCCGAGAGUUGGACGUUGAGAUGGUGAAGCGUGAUGUCAACAAGAUGCUGACUACCUCUCAGGACUGGUGGCCUGCUGAUUGGGGUCACUAUGGGCCUUUUAUGAUUCGAAUGGCAUGGCACGCGGCAGGAACCUACCGUAUUUCCGAUGGAAGAGGCGGUGCCAACACCGCUAACCAACGUUUCGCGCCAUUGAAUAGCUGGCCGGACAACGCCAACCUUGAUAAGGCUCGUCGUCUCAUGUGGCCAGUUAAGCAAAAGUAUGGCCGAAAGCUUUCGUGGGGUGAUUUAAUGAUGCUCACGGGUAAUCAGGCUUUGGAAAUUAUGGGCCUAAAAACAAUUGGCUUUGCAUUUGGUCGUGAAGAUAUAUACUCCCCCGAGGACGAUGUGUACUGGGGUCCGGAAAAGGAGAUGCUCAGUAACGAUAGGUUCGACGAGAACGGUGAUAUUAAACGCCCACUUGGAGCCUCCGAAAUGGGUCUCAUUUACGUAAAUCCUGAAGGUCAUGAUAACGAGCCGAAUCCAACGAAGUCUGCUCACGAUAUCCGUCAGACCUUCAGAAAUAUGGCCAUGGACGAUUACGAAACUGUCGCACUUAUUGCUGGUGGACAUACAUUUGGAAAGACCCAUGGCGCCGCUCCAGUAUCACACCAAGGACCAGAACCGGAAGGUGCAUCAAUCGAACAUCAACAGCUUGGCUAUCUGAGCGACUACGGGACCGGUAAAGGAAAAGAUACCACCACUAGUGGUCUCGAAGGAGCUUGGACCGAAACCCCAAUCCAAUGGGAUAUGAACUAUUUCAAGAAUUUGUUCGAGUAUGAAUGGGAGGUUCAUAAAGGCCCGGGGGGUCGCCACCAAUGGAGACCGACCGACAAGUCUACCUUUGAAAUGGUACCCGAUGCUCACGAGAAGGGUAAAAAGAACCCCCCAAUGAUGUUCACCACUGACAUUUCGUUGAAGAUCGAUCCAAUCUACGGGCCGAUCUCUCGUCACUUCUACCAUCAUCCAGAUGAAUUUUCUGCUGCUUUUGCAAAGGCAUGGUACAAGUUAUUACACCGUGAUAUGGGACCAGUCUCUCGUUGUCUAGGAAGCGAUGUUCCGGAACCCCAAUUGUGGCAGGAUCCGAUCCCCUCUCUUGACCAUGAGCUGAUCGACGACGAAGAUGUUGCCAAACUUAAAAAGCAAAUUCUUGGCUCGACCGGUAUCGCCGGCAAGAUUUUGGGGUCUAGCGGCCCUUGUGUAUCUGAACUAGUGAAGGUUGCCUGGGGUUCUGCAUGUACAUACCGAGGCACGGAUCACCGUGGCGGAGCGAAUGGUGCUCGUAUCCGUUUGGCACCCCAAAACACUUGGAAGGUAAAUGACCCGGAAGAGCUCAAAAGAGUGCUAGAACAUCUGGAACAGAUUCAACUAGACUUCAAUGAGCAACAGAAAGGCAGUAACAAGCGAGUAUCACUAGCAGAUUUGAUUGUUCUAGGUGGUUGCGCUGCAAUUGAGUAUGCUGCCAAAAAUGCUGGCAAUGAUAUCAAUAUACCGUUCUCCCCUGGACGCACGGACGCGUCAUCGGAGCAGACGGUUGCAGAAUCAUUUGACGCUCUGGAACCGAGCGCAGAUGGCUUUCGCAACUAUUUGAAAGAAGGCCAAAGUGCCAAACCGGAAGAGCUCCUGUUAAAUCAUGCUCACUUGCUUACUUUGACUUCCCCCGAGAUGACGGUGCUAUUGGGAGGGCUUCGCGUUUUGAAGGCAAACACGGGAAAUUCUGAGAUGGGUGUAUUUACAAAAAACCCAGAAACGCUAACGAAUGAUUUCUUUGUCAAUCUUCUGGACAUAAACACGACCUGGUCGUCUGUGGAACAAGACAAGAACCUAUUCGAUGGUCUGGAAUACGGCACAGGGAAACUGAAUUGGAAAGCGAGUCGUUUCGAUUUGAUCUUUGGUUCCAAUUCUGAGCUCCGUGCGAUUGCAGAGUAUUACGGUAGUGAUGAUUCAAACGAAGUGUUUUUAAAGGAUUUUGUCAAAGCUUGGACAAAGGUGAUGGAGCUUGAUCGUUUUGAUUUGAAAUAACCGUAAGUAUUGACAGAUCCAAGUUAGAAGUGUUCAAUUUUAUGAUAGUUGAUGUAGAUAAAAUUCCUGGCCAUUAUUCUGAAUAAAGUAGAAGAGUGUUAAUGCUAUGA